AUGGUGAACUUUACCGUUGAUGAGAUCCGCGGUCUCAUGGACCGCCCUACCAACAUCCGUAACAUGUGUGUUAUUGCGCACGUCGACCACGGCAAGUCUACUCUGACUGACUCGCUGGUGUCCAAGGCCGGUAUCAUUGCCCACGCCAAGGCUGGUGACAUGCGUUUCAUGGACACUCGUGACGACGAGAAGGAGCGUGGUAUCACUAUCAAGUCCACUGCCAUCUCGAUGUACUUCCCGAUGGACAAGGACGAGCUUGUGAACCUGAAGCAGCCGCACAACGGCAACGAGUUCUUGAUCAACCUGAUCGACUCGCCCGGUCACGUUGACUUCUCGUCGGAGGUGACUGCUGCUCUCCGUGUCACUGACGGUGCCCUUGUCGUUGUCGACUGUAUCGAGGGUGUCUGUGUGCAGACCGAGACUGUCAUGCGUCAGGCUCUUGGUGAGCGUAUCAAGCCUGUGGUGUGUCUGAACAAGGUCGACCGUGCCCUGCUUGAGUUGCAGGUCGGCAAGGAGGACCUCUACCAGUCGUUCCAGCGUACCGUUGAGUCGGUGAACGUCGUUAUCGCCACCUACAACGACCCCGUGCUCGGUGACUCGCAGGUGUACCCUGAGAAGGGUACCGUUGCCUUCGCCUCGGGUCUUCACGGUUGGGCUUUCACUCUGAGCCAGUUCGCUUCCCGCUACGCCAAGAAGUUCGGUGUCGACAAGGGCAAGAUGAUGACCAAGCUCUGGGGUGAGAACUACUUCAACCCGAAGACCCGCAAGUGGUCGUCGAAGGACACUGACGCUGAGGGCAACAAGCUCGAGCGUGCCUUCAACAUGUUCGUUCUUGACCCGAUCUACCGCAUCUUCGACUCGAUCAUGAACUUCAAGAAGGAGGAGACCAACACUCUGCUCGAGAAGCUUGAGAUCGUCCUUACUCCUGAGGAGAAGGACCUCGAGGGCAAGGCUCUGCUCAAGAUUGUCAUGCGCAAGUUCCUGCCGGCUGGUGACGCUCUCCUGGAGAUGGUUGUCUUGAACCUUCCCUCGCCUGUGGUGGCCCAGCGCUACCGUGUUGAGACCCUGUACGAGGGUCCUCUUGACGACGAGUCGGCCAUUGGUAUCCGUGACUGUGACCCCAACGGUCCUCUCAUGCUCUACGUCUCGAAGAUGGUGCCGACCUCGGACAAGGGUCGCUUCUACGCUUUCGGUCGUAUCUUCUCGGGUACCGUCCGCUCGGGUCCGAAGUACCGUAUCCAGGGCCCGAACUACGUACCGGGUAAGAAGGAGGACCUGUUCAUCAAGUCGGUGCAGCGUACUGUGCUGAUGAUGGGUCGUUACAUUGAGCCGAUUGAGGACUGCCCGGCCGGUAACAUUUUGGGUCUGGUCGGUGUUGACCAGUUCCUGCUCAAGAGCGGUACCCUUACUUCGUCGGAGACCGCCCACAACAUGAAGGUCAUGAAGUUCUCGGUCUCGCCCGUCGUGCAGGUCGCCGUCGAGGUCAAGAACGCCAACGACCUGCCGAAGCUGGUCGAGGGUCUCAAGCGUCUGUCGAAGUCGGACCCGUGUGUGCAGUCGUGGAUUGCCGAGUCGGGUGAGCACAUUGUGGCCGGUGCCGGUGAGCUCCACCUUGAGAUUUGCUUGAAGGAUCUCGAGGAGGACCACGCUGGUAUUCCGCUCAAGAUUUCGGACCCUGUCGUCGGUUACCGUGAGACUGUCCAGGCUGAGUCGAGCAUGGUGGCUCUGUCGAAGUCGCAGAACAAGCACAACCGUCUCUACGUCACUGCUCAGCCGAUUGAGGAGGACCUCUGCAAGGAGAUCGAGCAGGGCAAGGUUAACCCGCGUGACGACUUCAAGAUCCGUGCCCGCUACCUCGCCGACAACUACGGCUGGGAUGUUACGGACGCCCGUAAGAUUUGGUGCUUCGGUCCUGAGACCACUGGCCCGAACCUGCUGGUCGAUGUCACCAAGGGUGUGCAGUACCUGAACGAAAUCAAGGACUCGUGUGUGGCUGCCUUCCAGUGGGCCACCAAGGAGGGUGUCUGUGCUGAGGAGAACGUGCGUGGUGUUCGCUACAACAUCAUGGAUGUGACUCUCCACACUGACGCUAUCCACCGUGGUGGUGGUCAGAUCAUCCCGACCACUCGUCGUGUCUGCAAUGCCGCUGCUCUGCUGGCUCAGCCGGGUCUCCAGGAGCCGAUGUACCUGGUCGAGAUUCAGUGCCCUGACUCGGGUCUGGGUGGUAUCUACUCGACGCUGAACAAGCGUCGUGGUCAGGUGUUCAGCGAGGAGCCUCGUGUCGGUACUCCGAUGGUCACUGUCAAGGCCUACCUGCCCGUUAGCGAGUCGUUCGGCUUCAACGCUGACCUUCGUCAGGCCACUGGUGGUCAGGCUUUCCCGCAGAGUGUGUUCGACCACUGGGCCCUUAUGAACGGUAUCGCGAGCGACAAGACCGGCAAGCUUUACGAGCUGGUGAAGUCGAUCCGUAUCCGCAAGGGUCUCAAGGAGGACGUGCCAGACCUGAACGUGUACUACGACAAGCUCUAA